GAGACAGAGACAGAGAGAUAGAGAUAGAGAGAGAGAGAGAGAGUGGUCGCCGGACGCUGGUGGUCGGCUACGUCGGCGACGGCGGAAGAGAGGAUGGCCGCGGCGGCGAGCCUCUGCAACCGCAACCCCUCCCCCUUCCUCGGCCGCUUCCCUCCUCCUCAUCCCCUCGCCGGGAAGAAGAAGGCCCGACCCGGACCGCAUCCCGGGAGGCCGUCGCGAGCCGCCGCCGCCGGAAUCCGCGCGCUGUUCUGGAGGUCGAAGAAGUCUCUGGAGCCUCGCGAGACCGUCGAUCUUUCCCUCGGCGAUUACGCUCUGACGCCGCCGGCCGCCGAGGAUGUUUCGACGGCGGCGGAGUCCAGGCCGAAGCGGAUAUCGCCGUCGGUUGUUAAUUCCAUCUCCGAGGUUUCGGCGAAUGAUUGGGACGCGUGUGCUCUUGAUGCUACUGGACCUGAGAAGUAUAAUCCGUUUCUCUCGCACGGGUUCCUUUUGAGUUUGGAGGAGUCUAAUUCUGCUGUGAAGGAAACAGGAUGGAUGCCGCGGCAUAUUGUUGCUAAGGAUGAAUCUGGGACUGUUGUAGGUGUUGUUCCACUUUAUCUUAAAAGUCACUCAAAUGGUGAAUUUGUCUUCGACCAUUCUUGGGCGGAUGCUUACUACAGUUAUGGUUCAAGAUACUAUCCAAAGUACCAAUGUUGUGUGCCUUUUACCCCCGUAACUGGUCCUCGGAUUCUACUUCGUGAUUCCUUAUAUAAGGAUCAAGUUUUUGACAUUGUAGUAGAUGCCUUAAAGAAUCUGGUUGCUAAGUCCCAGGUUUCGUCAAUCCACAUCACAUUUUCUUCUGAGAAUGAAUGGCAAAACCUCAAGGAAAAAGGUUUUCUACAGAGGAUAGGAAUGCAGUACCAUUGGAGCAAUCGAAACUAUACAUGUUUUGAUGACUUUUUGAUGGACAUGAAGCAGAACAAAAGGAAAAAUAUACGUCAGGAACGCAAGAAGAUUUCUGCCCAAAACUUGACAAUGAAGCGGCUUCGAGGGAAUGAAAUAAAGGCUAAGCACUGGGAUUCUUUCUAUACGUUCUACAGGAACACCACUGAUAACAAGUGGGGCAGCCCUUAUUUGACAAGAGAGUUUUUUCAUAACAUGGGAUCAAAAAUGGGAGACCAAGUGUUACUGGUUGUAGCUGAAGAAGGGGAUGAACUUGUUGCGGGAGCCCUUAAUCUUAUAGGCGGAGAUACUAUAUAUGGGCGCCUUUGGGGCUGUCAUCCAAAAGCUUAUUAUCCCAGCUUACAUUUUGAAGCUUGUUAUUACCAGGCAAUAGAAGCUGCUAUAGAGCUUAAUUUGAAAACAGUGGAGGCAGGGGCUCAGGGUGAGCACAAAAUUCAUCGAGGUUAUAUGCCUGUACCCACUUAUAGCUGCCACUACCUUCUGGAUGAAGAAUUCAGCAAGGCCAUAGAAGAAUUUGUAGUGCGCGAGGCAACUCAGGUCAAACUUGUGAUGGAUCUGAUCCGUGAUUCUGGACCCUUUAAAGAAGGCAUACAGUAGACACAUGCAGGUAGGAAGUCCAUGCAUGUAUGGUCGUGGUAUGUACAUCUUGAUGAAGGAAAGAUCUAUCCAUUUCUAAUGUACAGAUCCGUUAGUCGACCAUUUCGUUCAAGUAAAAGAGUCGCUAUAGAAACAAUGCCUGUGGGUUUUGCGAUCUGGUCGCCUCGGUGUGAUGUCGAUAUGGAGAGGGUCCCUUCUUGA